AUGGGUGCCCUCAAGUACGUGGAAGAGAUCCAGAAGAAGAAGCAGUCCGACGUGAUUCGCUUCCUGCUGCGUGUCCGUUGCUGGGAGCUCCGUCAACUGAACGCUAUCCACCGUGCUUCCCGCCCUUCUCGCCCCGACAAGGCUCGUCGUCUCGGCUACAAGGCCAAGCAGGGCUAUGUUGUCUACCGUAUCCGUGUGAGACGCGGUGGUCGUAAGAGACCCGCUCCUAAGGGUGCCACCUACGGCAAGCCCACCAACAUGGGUAUCAACCAGCUCAAGUACCAGCGCGCUCUCCGUGCUACCGCUGAGGAGCGUGUUGGCCGUCGCUGCGCCAACCUGCGUGUCCUGAACUCCUACUGGAUCAACCAGGACUCCACCUACAAGUACUUCGAGGUCAUCCUCGUCGACCCCCAGCACAAGGCCAUCCGCCGCGAUGCUCGCAUCAACUGGAUCUGCAACGCUGUCCACAAGCACCGCGAGGCCCGUGGUCUUACCGCCACCGGCAAGAAGUCCCGUGGUAUCAACAAGGGCCACCGCUACAACAACACCCGCUCUGGCCGCCGCCACACCUGGAAGCGCCAGAACACCCAGAGCUACUGGCGUUACCGUUAA